CCGUCUCUGCGGACAUUUCUUUUUAGUUUACUUGAUCGUCUGGUAUAUAGGUUGUCUUUGCUGACAGUAAAAAAGAACGUAAACAAUUGUUUUUCGUCAUCGCAAAAAGCGGAAAUGUAGAAAAAUAUUUAUUCAGUAUGUGCACCUCUUCGAAAUUAUCCAACUUUGUUUUUUAGGUUAGCUUCUCAAAACUUUCUAUAAUGGGUGUUAUUAUCGCAAAGUUUAAGAAAAAACCAAGCACGUAUGAUGUACUAACGAAGCUUGAGAAUGAAAUUAUUUAUAUAGAGGAUUUCCAAAAAAAGACGAAGCAAACGCAGCGGAAGUUUAUUUUCCGAUUUAUUUUAGUAGCAGGGGCUGUUUAUAUCAUAAUCGCCUUGCUGUUAUAUUUAUAUUUCUCAAAAAUAUCCCCAGACCAGAAGCUUUUCUGGAGUGUCCAUUUGAUCAUGCUUCCUUUUGGGGUAUGGAUUAUUAAAAGAUUGAUGGCAUGGUACUUCAACAGAAAGAUACUGCGCAACGAGAAAAAACUAAUUAUUUUAAAGGAACAGAAGAAGAAAAUUUUGGAAAAUGUCAAGGAGACCGAAACAUAUAAGGUCGCAAAGGAAAUUUUAGAUAAAUUUGCAAAUGAUCCGAAGCAAAAUGCGGUCACCACCAUUGCCACUGUGAAUCAACUAAAUCCCACUCCAGUUCCUACUGCCAUAGGUCAAAGAAGUCAAAACGCUUUGCGACGAAGAUCUGCAGCACAGAACGCGAUGCGGGGCCGUAUUUCGUUCGGAGGGAGUCCAGAAACCCCAAUUAAUAUACAAAAAAGAUUUCCCAUUACUACUCCCAAUUCUGAAAGGCAACUGACGUUACCAUCGAGAUUAUCAGCAGUAACUCCGCAUCCGCUUGUUAGAGAUAUCUUCUCUCAAUAUCGUUCGCCAUUAGAUAAAAUGGUAGAUUAUUUGCUGGGUAACGGACCAUCAAAUAAAUAUGCGCUCAUUUGUCAAGAAUGUAGUGGACAUAAUGCCCAGAAACAGACACGGUGCUGUCAUCAGCAAAAAGUGUGUAAACAGAUGAACGAUCCACAAGGGGAAGGUCAAUUAUAUAUAUUAAAAAUAAUGUGGGGCCCAAAAUUGGGCUUUGAGGCACUCCAAUGUUCAUCUCACUCUCUGCUGAUGUCACUCCAGAGUACUUAAUCACCUGGCAUCUAUUGUUAAGGUAAGAAGACUGAAAAAUUAUAAGCCUUUAACUUGAGCAGAAGAAUUCCAUGCUCAACACAGUCGAAGGCUUUAGUGAAAUCACAAAAUAGUGCAGUGUUAUAUUGCCAAUUGUGGAAUGCAUCUGUAAUGUCCAAAACUAAAUUGAGAAUGCCUGAAGCAGCGUUUUGAUUUCUGCUAAAACCAAACUGAUUAUUAUUAAAAAUGCUAUUAAUUUGAAAACAUUGAACUAAUUGGUUAGCUAUACAUUUUUCUACAAUUUUCGAAACAAUUGGAAAUGGAGGUAUAGGUCGAUAAUUUUCAACAUCAGGGUUAAAAUGUGUUCAUAGAUAUAAGAAAGUGACUAACUGAUACGAAUUAAGGAAACACCCGGGCAAGCUGUAAGAAUGAAAUAUCGUCGAACAGGUCCGUACUUUGCUUAGAAUUUAAUUAUUUGGAGUUUUGUUAGGAAAGAUACUCAACAAUAUUUAUUUAUUUAUGUGUGUAUUUAUGUUUAAAUCUAAAAUAAAAUUACAAAUUAUUUUAUUACCUACUUAAAUUACUUAAAAUUAUUCACAUAAUAUAUCAGUAUCACUAUCGCUAUCAUCGCCUGUUCUAAUUAUUACUUGUUCUAUAUUAUUUGCAAUAUGAAUACACGAUUGUUUUGCUUUUUCCAUAUGUUUAACAGAAUUUGCCCAAUUUACCUCUUUUUGAUGGCGCGUUUGUUUUACACUUAUCAGUUGAGUCAACCCAACCCUUUUCCGGGGUAUCAUAAGUGUCAAACAGGUUUCAUUCAAGUAAUUGAUUGGGCUUUGUUGUUCUCUAUAAAUUCUAUUUUUUUCUAGAUAUUCCAGUCACCAUUUCCGAAUUCUAAAAGGUUCUAUUAAAACUUGCCUUUUGUCAAUUUUUUUAAAUCUAAGACUGGUGGAUAAUCCAAUUCAAAAGCAAUUGGUCCCUUUCUUAUAUCUCUGAACACACUUUACCUAUGUAAAAUAUUUUUGGCCCUACGGUGUUGCCAGAUAUACUCGUAACGUAUAUCAACUUUCGUUUUUUAAAUGGAACACCCUGUAUAUUAUUACGUGUUCAGAAUAGUUUGUCGUAACAUAGUAUGGUAAUAAUUCGCUAGAUAUAAAAAUCCAUCUAAAAUUAUCAAAUUAUAAGAUACCUAUUUUCACUGAUUUUCGAGUUACAAGCAAAAAGCAAAAUAUUACAAUUAAAGCGAAUUAAAGUAAUCAUGUUCAAACGAGUCAUUGUAUCAGUGAAACUGGAAAGAAAACCAUAUGCCAACAAAAAUUUAAUAUUCAAUAAAACUGUAAUACCCAGAACUAAUGUUGACUAAUAAACGGUUUUAAAUUGUUUUUAAUUACAUACAUCAAACGAAAUUUAAUGUUAUGGAGUCAACCCAUGGAAACUUUAGGUAAUAAUCUUGUUGCAUUGUAUGUUAAUGACGACCCUUGGAUAGAUAAUCCCAUUCAUAAACAAUCGGCCACUUUCUUAUAUCUAUGAACAGACCAUACCUUUUUAUAAAUACUGGUAGUACUAGAUUAUUAUAUAAGG